AACUUUUUCCUUUGGAUUUGUGAAAGUUUCUUUUUUUUCUUGAAUUCAUCACAUUUGUAUGGUCGUCAACAAGAUUUUCUUCUUCUUUAUCGACGAAACAAAAAAAAUUCCCAUAUGAUUUUUUUGUAAUCUAAUUUUCAUUUUGGGUAAACCUCGACCAAACAAAUCGUUUUAAUAAUCUUAAAAUGGCGGCCUUCAAUCUGCCCUCAUCAAAAUUAUCAUCAUUUUUUUCAACCACAAUCCUGUUGAUCAGUUUUUUAAAUGGAAUAACGCAAGCUUGUUAUUUUCCCAUUGAAUAUCAGGGAACAUUCUUGAUACAAACACAAGGAUUAAUUACACCACAAAUCAUUGAUAAUUCUCAAUCGGGAACCACCAAUCAAUCAUCGGUUACAUAUUCUGAAGUAAUAAUCGAAGCUGAUGCUAUACAACCAUGGGGACGUUGUCAUAAACGACGUGGUAAUAAUGUUAUAUUAAAAGAUAGUACCGGUGCUGGUCAAGAUUGUCUUCGUUGUUUUCAUAUAUCAAUGAAAACAUCCAAUGUUAUAUCAUUACAUAGUGAUGGUUUAGAACGUUGUUAUACAAAUGAAGAAGCAGCACGUGCUACAUGUCCAUUAGAUAAAGAUAUUGGCCAACAACAAAAACGUAAAUUUAAAGAAAUUAUUCUAUUCCGUAAACAUGUUCCAGGUGGUUUACAAUCAAUCGAACAUGUAUUCUGUCCGUUUAAUGGUAGAUUUCGUUUUUCCUAUGUUGGUUCAUCAAAUCAACAACAACCAAAUCAACCACAAAUGCGUUGUGAAUUUGGUUAUUCCGAAAUGUCAAAUUGUCCACAUGGUAAUGCAUUGAAUGUUAAAUUUCGUAAAUGUUCAUUUCAAACAAUGGACAUUCACUUUCUAUGUUUGGGUGAUUGGCCAGUAACAACAUCCACAUCCAUCGCCAGUUCCACCUCGACCACCACCACUGCCGGAAAUUCGGGAAUAAAUUCCAAUGAACGUUAUUUAGCAUUGAUGGAUUUACGUGAAGCACCUGAAGCAAAUCGUCCAAAAUAUCGUUGUGGUCUUUACAGAGAAGAUCCUCUGACUGGUCAAAUAACCGUAUCAUUAUCAUCCGAUUCAACAUGUACAAAUCAAUUAACAAAUUCAUCGGUUGGUUAUGAAUCAUUAAUAUUAUCACCAUUACCAAAUAAACGUAUACCACCAAUGGUUGAAUCAUCGAAAUGUCGUUUCCCGGAUUGGAUGCAAGGACGUUGGCAACGAACCAAAGUUGAUAAUCAACAAUUCAUUUAUAAAGAUGCACAAAAUCAAUUUCGAACGAUACGGUCACGUUGUAUACAACGACAAAUUGAUCAAGCUAAUGAUCGUUUUAUUGUUCAUUCUAUUACUCAAUGUGGUGAACAAUCAUUUAGUUGUUUAUGGGUAAAACGUCGUUCACCAAAUAUAAUGGAAUUUAAAUUUUCAGAUAAAAGUAGUUCAAUAAUGAAUGAUAAAUUAUGUGAUGAUAGAAAUUUUCUUGUAAAUCCAUGGAUUACUGAAGGAAAAGAAAAAAUUGUUGCCCAAUCCACUCCAUGUCCAAUAACGGGUGAUUAUACUGGUGAAGUACCCGGCGCAAGUGGUCUUUGUGCAAAAGUUGCAUCCGAUUGUAAUAAUCCGGAUAUUAUGUUUUAUAGUGUUAGUAGUUGUGAAAAUCGUUCACAUGUUUAUGAAGAACGUGAAUAUCGUUGCCUGGGAAAUUGGGAAGAAGAUGGUGUCCUGUAUACAUUUACACAACGUAGAGAUAUGCCUGGUCAUCAAUGUUUUGCUGGCAAAGUAUAUCGUAAUGGUGAUGAAGCAUAUAUCAAAGAAGCUGGUGAAGAUAGUUGUAUGAGAGGCGAAGAUGAAGAUCCAAUUAUAUUUGGAAUGAAAAUUGCUAAACAAGCAUCAUGUCCAAGACAUAUUAUACCAAAACCAAUGAUUCCAUCAACAUCAUCAAUGUUACCACAUUUACCAUCAUCAUUACCAACCAAUAUUCGAAAUCAUCAUCAACAUGGUGGUGGUGGUCAUUCAUCAUCGUCAUCGGAUAUUCAACAAUCUGGCCAUAAAUCACAAUCAUCGAUUGGUCAAUCACAAACAUCGAAUGUUAAUCAUCAUUCAACAAUCAAUAAAUUUAGUUAUCCACCUAUUAUCAAACCAUUGAUGCCUACAUUAUCACCACCAUCCCUUUCAUCACAAUUACCAGCCAUAGUUAUUGGUGGUGGCGGUAGUAGUGGUCACCAUCCAUCAUUCAAACCAAUUCAUGUUGAUCAUCAUCAUAAUCAUCCUCAUCAUCGUACCAAUGGUAAUGAUAAUGGAUAUUCACCACCAUCGCAGCAACAGCCACAAGCACCAUCGCCACCAUUUUGGCAAUAUGAUUCAACUGAUUUACAAUCAUCUCAUUCAUCAUCGUCGGCUAGUAAAACUCAUUACAGACCGAUCGUUGAUAACGGUAGUAAUAAUCAACAUCAUCAUCUAAAUAAUAAUAAUAAUAAUCGCCAUCGAGAUUCAAGCUCAUCAUCAUCAAUUUCGACGAUAUUGGCAACAAGUUGGACAUUCUGUAAUCUUUUAUUAUUACUAAUAUCGACCAUCGUGAUCCAAAUUAUUGCUCAUUAAACUGAUCGAAUGAAUCAAUCAAAACAAAACAAAAAAAUCAACGAUCACGACUAGUCAAUGUUGGUCCAUCUCUAAAACCAAUCAAUCAAAUCAAAUCAAUCCAGGAUGGCUUGUGACAAAU